AUGGGAGCAGCUUUGCGAUCAUUUUUUGUUCCAGUUCCUCAUCAAACAGUCUGUGUGUUGUAGAGGUUUGGGAAAUACACAAGAACUCUGACUCCAGGUUUGAAUUGGAAAAUCCCCUUCGUUGAAGAGAUUGCUUAUGAACAUUCGCUUAAAGAAUAAGCCUUCAUGAUUUAUGCAUAAAAUGCAGUCACAAAAGAUAACGUGAUCAUAUAGAUAGAUGGCGUGUUGUAUAUUUAAGUUGAUGAUCCAGUUAAAUGUUCGUAUGGAGCCUAAAAACCGAUUGAUUAUGCUCAAAUUCUUGCUCAAUCAGUUAUGAGAGCUGAGAUAGGUAAACUCACUCUGGAUUAGACCUUUGAGGAGAGAGAGAAAAUGAAUGCUCUGAUUUUGGCUGGACUCUCAGAAGCUGUCCAAGAGUGGGGUUUGAAGUGUUUGCGUUAUGAAAUUAAGGAUAUCAAAGUCACAGAGAAUAUCAGAAAGGCAAUGAACAUGGAGGCAGAGGCUGAGAGAACCAAAAGGACAGAGAUUUUGCAUUCUGAAGCCAAACAGCAAUCUUAAAUUAACUUGGCUGAAGGAUAGAGAUUGUCAAAGAUUUUAAAGGCAGAAGGAUUGGCUGAGUCUAUUGUUAUUAGAUCAACUGCUACUGUCUAGAGAAUUGAAGCCAUUUCUAGUGCUAUGAAUAGUGAAGAAGGGGAUUUGGCUGCCAGGUUCAAUUUGGCAGAGGAGUAUUUGGAUGCUUUCAAGAAACUUGAAGGAAAGUAGGUUCUAGUAAAUAGUGAUGUUAACAAUCCUAAAGAGGUAAUCAAAAAGGCUUUGGAUAUGGUUGAUGCCCGUUUAAAGUGAGAAUUUAUAUGAACAUUGAAUAUCAAAAUAAUUUUAAUAA